CAGAGAAUGGCGGAAAUGCGGCUGUUGGCGAUCGUGGCGGCGUUUCUGUACCUGGCAAAAGGGUGCCAGGGCAUGGACUGCUUCAGGAGCGAGAGCAGCAACCUGAUGUGCUUCGAGGAAAACGCGUGCAACUCGACCACGCUGCGGCUCGUCAGCAGCGGCAGCAGUGAACUGGAAGACAGGGCGUUUCUGCACUUUUACAACAAGCUGCGGCAGAUGGUGGCCCUGGGGAAGGUGCCAGGUCACCCGCCGGCGAGGAACAUGCUCCAGUUGGUGUGGGUGAAGGAGUUUCAGCGCCACAUGUUGCGUCUGGCGCAGCAGUGCAUGGACCCUGCGGCGGUGCGCGCCGCCGCCAACAACAUCCACGGCUUCAACUCAGUGCAAAACGACGCUCAGGUGGUCGCAGGGCUGUACGCGCAUCCGCUCGAGCAGGACGACGCCAUGCAGCCGCUCGACGACCUCAUGGACGGCGUCUUCCGCCUCGCCGUCUGCGAAAAUCGCUUCCCCUUGUCCGCCAUCAGGUGUUUCGACCACGACCACUUCGCGAACGCCCACGACGACGCCUGGCUCUCCCACUGGGCCAUGGUGAUUUACGACAAGGCGGACGCCAUCGGCUGCUCGAAGAGCCUGUUCCAGAAAAUCGGCCCUGACGAGGAGUACCUUUCCUACCUCCCCUGCUACAUCGCCCCCGCCCUGGAUGAAAACACUCGGCGGCUGUACAAGGCGGGCGAACCCGACUGCGAGCACCCCUCGAAGGUGUACCCUGGACUGUGCACGACUCCUCAGGUCAACAAAAAAAGCGUCGACCCGUGCACGCAGCCCGACUUCAGGAAACAAUUCCGCAAACUGUGCAAGAACCGCUUCUUCACCGACUUCUGCUCCGGCGUUCCGUCCUGGCUGAUUUGGGUGGCGAUCGCGAUGGGCGGAACGCUUUCCUCGACGCUGUUCGCCGCGCUGGCCAUCGUCUACUGGGACUACAUCGUCUACCUCUUCCAAUCGGCCGUCGCCCUCCUCGUGGUCGCCUGACAAUUAAUUUCUUACAAAAAAAAAGGUUUUAAAUU